AAAAUAAGCCCGUAGAACUAUAAAUAAAAAGACGGAGAAAUGCGAAAAAUCUAUCGUUCCAUCUCAAAAUAUAUCAUAGCCCUUUACCUAAGCACCGAAAAGUGAAUCUGGCAAUCUGGCCAUGUAGUUUCACCAAUUCUAAAAUAAAUCUAGUUAGCGCUACUGUACGCUAGAAAAAAUGUCUUACAAAAAAUAGCGGCAUAUAUUGUCAACAUUGGAAAUAAGUAUUAAGUAUGCAACAGGUGUAUCAGGUGUACUUGGACGGUCGCAUAUAUUUGAAAUUAUUUAAACGCUGUCAAAUUUUGACAGACUAUUCCAAAACUUUUUUAUAAAAAUGGCGACAUUGUCUUAUAGUUAUAUGCCUGAUUAUUUUUCUUUGACAGAUAUUUUGUGCACAGAGGAACGAAUAUCGUGCAAAGUCGAGGUUACAUUACCCCGUUUGGGUUUCCUAGAUCUUUCUUCUGAAUCUGAAGAUUUAAAAAUAGAUACAAAAUUAGAGCUUCCACUGUGGCUGGCACAGCCAUUGAAUAUAGCGAGAGAAUCAAUAGUCAGUGUAGACAUACCUAAAACAUAUAAGGAAGGCUACAGGGAAAUUCUAUUAGCAGAUGCUUGUACUGUUAUUCUAAAUAAAUGGAAUCCAUAUUACUAUGAAUUAGGGAUGUAUUUAAGAAAAUUUAAUAAUCGUGAUUGUGAAAUGAUAAUUGACAGUUUGUUGUUGACCUUCAGAUCACGAUUUAGAUUAGUUAUGGACUGGGCGCAAAAUCCUGUUUCCGAUCCUACACUUAAUAGUUUACUGCCAAGAUUAGAGAGAGAUUUAUUUCUUGCAGGUAGGAAAGCUAAAAUGAAAUUAAAUGAAUGGUUAAGAAAAGGUUCGAGCGUUAUCGAAACUUCACAGAGUGCAGUAAAUCUUAAAAAACGUAAACGAACAGAUUAUGAACUUGAUUAAAAUUGUAUAAAUUUUGUGUGAAAUAAUAAUAUUAAAAUUCAAUAAUUAUAAUAUCUGAGCAAUGUAAUAUAAUGUUUUAUACAAAUAAUUUUCACAAUGUGAGAAUAAGAUGCUAGAAUAAUAUUAAAUAAAAUUUAUUAUCUUAUGAAA